CAGUAGCAACUUAGAACCGGUCCACCGACACGGUCCACGCCAAUCCCUCUCCGACACAGAGGAUCCACCUCCAGCCUGCCGAUCCUAACAGCAGUGAAAAAUGAAGAUCUUGGCUCUGCUGUUCGUGGUCAUCACUGGAUACUGUGCCAAGGAGAAUUUACAUGGUGCAUCUUUUGUGUUUUCUAAAAUAAGUCAAACAUCAAGAGUGGUAUUAAAUCUCACAGAAGUCCCAGAACCAUUGAGCAAUAUCACCGUCUGCCUUCAGUCCUACACGGACAACGUCCAGGAAGACUCCCUCUUUAAACUGGUGGAUACAAACUCCAAGGCACAGUUCCAUCUCUUCCAAGUUAGGAAUUACUACAACAUUUUUAUAGAUCAAACCCAAGUUUAUUAUGUGACCAGCCCGGAGAGCAUGGAGUGGAGACUCAUCUGUGUGUCCUGGGAGUCCGGCACAGGGCUCAUACAUUUUGUUGUCAAUGGAAAACUUUUUCCAAUGAGGGUUUUAGCACCAGGUUUUAUCAUAGAUCAGGAGGUUACGGCAGUCCUCGGGCACCACCUCUCAUCUACUGGCAUUUAUCUUUCAAAUAGCUUCUCUUAUAUCGGUGAAAUUAGAAACGUUCAUAUGUGGGAUCGCGCGUUCCAUCCCAGUGAGAUGCAAUCUCUGUACUUUACUAAUUGUAACCAAUGUAAUGGAAGUGUCAUAAAUUGGAAUUCUGUGGACUAUGAGGUUCAUGGAGAUAUCUUCUUGUAUAAGCCAUCCGUGAAACCUUAGUCAAUGAAUGUAAACUGCUGAAAUAUGAGUUGUCUUAUAGCUUUGGGCUUUCUUAUUAAAGGGGUACUCCGCUCCUAGACAUCUUAGGAUUGGGCAUAAGAUGUCUGAUGCUGGGGUCCCGCUGCUGGGGACCCCCGUGAUC